CUUUAAACAUUGAGCAAUAACAAGACGGUGACGGCAUUUUAGGUGUGAAUGAUACACAGUAAAAUGGCUCCAUACGCACUCAUCUUUAUCUCAUCAGCAGCACUGCUGUCUGUUGUCUGCGCUGCAGGACCAAAAACAUUAAGGGUGACAACGAUCAAGGAAGAACCAUAUGCAAUGUCUAAAGGUUCUGAACUGGAGGGCUUCUGUAUUGACCUGCUCUCAGCUCUCUCUAAGAAACUGGAUUUUAAAUAUAACAUUCAGGUAGUGAAGGAUGGUCGGUAUGGAAUAACAGAUGAAAGUGGACAUUGGAAUGGCAUGAUUGGAGAGAUUAUCAGAGGGGAAGCAGACAUAGCCGUGGCUCCACUCACUGUUACAGCAAAGCGUGAGGCAGUCGUGGAUAUGACCAAACCCUUCAUGCAGACUGGCCUUAGUUUCAUCUUGAGGAAAGAUCAGGCCUCCGAUGAAUCACAGUUUUUCAGUCUUCUCAAUCUGUUCUCCACUGAGAUGUGGAUUGGUGUACUGGUUGCUUACCUGCUGACCUCUGUCUGUAUCUUCUUAGUGGCACGGAUAAGUCCAUGUGAAUGGGGGCAUCCAGAGACAGAGCAGAAUUCAUUCACACUUUCUCACAGUUUUUGGUAUACUGUAGGAGCAUUGACUCUUCAAGGUGCGGGUCCUCACCCCAGGGCUCUUUCAGGACGGAUCAUUACCUCCAUCUGGUGGCUCUUCUCAUUAGUGCUUCUCGUUUCUUACUUUGCCAACCUGAGUUCAUGGCUGCAUUCAGACAGCCAGCAGCUGUCAAUCAAAAGCUUUGAAGACCUUGCCAAUCAGAACGUCAUUGAGUACGGGACCAUUAAAGACUCCUCCUCUUUUGCUUUUUUCAAGAACUCAAACAACCCCACAUACCAGAGGAUCUAUGAGCACAUAAAGAAUGCUCAGAGUUAUUCACUCAAUGCCGCUGAAGGUUUCCGUAGAGCCCUGAAAGGAAAUUACGCCUUCAUCGGCGAGUCUGUGUCCCUCGACCUGGCAGUGGCCAGAUACUGUAACCUCACACGAGCUCCUGAAAUCAUUGGUAUGAGGGGCUACAGCAUCGCAGCACCUUUAGGCUCUCCUCUCGUAAAGAAUCUGAGUGUUGGUAUUCUCGGUCUCAGUGAGUCUGGCGAGCUGGAUUAUUUCCGCAGUAAGUGGUGGGCAAGCAGUUGUGUGGCUAAGAGCGAUACGAGCGCUCCACUGAAGGCCAGCAGUCUGAAGGGAAUCUUCUUAUUACUGGCGUUUGGUCUGGGACUGGGACUUCUCAUUGCUCUGAUGGAACUGGCCGCCAAAUCACGCGCCGUCGCUAAAUCUGAGCAGAAAUCCUGCUGCUCUGUUCUGUCCGCUGAGCUCAGUCGACGCUUCAGAGGUGGCGAGAUCACAUCACCCGAGUCUGUCGAGAAGAACAAAGCUUAAAACUCGCAGCACAUAUUAAUUUAUAUCUCAUAGUUAUUCACUACUAAUCGAUCCGGGUAUAAAAAUAUAAUCCAUGUUUGUGAGGUUCACCCAGGUAUGUGUAACAUUUUUAUUAAUAGAAAGAACUGACAGCAUUAAUUCUUUAAUAAACAUUUCUAUAGCUUUUAAUUUGGUCUAUUACAUAACACUGAUGUUUAAUGCAUUUCAUUGGAGCACAUUAAAAUUAUCCAAAUGUCUGAUGAUGCCAGAAAUUCAGAACAAGAUGUUAUAUAAAUUCAACAUGUCUUUUUUUAGAUUGUUAAGCUUAGCCUUUGUGUUAUUGUGAUAGCAAAACAAUGUGUGUCAUGAAGCAAGUUUUAAUAUGACUAAAAUGAUAAUAUAGCCUACAGUGUGCAUUGAUUGCAGUUAUUUGAAUGAUGUGUCUGCUAUGAUGUGCUAUUAAAAACACAGACCUUUCUUUUAUUGUGCCAUUGUUAAAGAAUUUUCUUAACAAAAAUAAAAAAGGUGAAAUAUGCAUUUUGCAUAUGUA